ACAACGAAGGCUUGCCAAAACAGAAAAUGUUGUGGUAUACCUAAGAUAAAAUCAAUUGUUUUUGUAAAUAUGUAUAUCAUAUUAGAGUCGAAAUGGAGGAAUUGAAAAAAUUUGGAUUGUUUAUAGACGAUAUCUACAGGCUGCGAGUUCAGGAUCCCAGUAUUGCCACUCAAAAAAUAGAGCUGAGACAUGAGUGUCUGGAGUAUUCAAGAAAUCUUCAACAUUUCAAGAGUUUGAUCCAUGACUUCUAUAAAAUAUCAAAAACAUUUGCCAAAGAUGUCGAGGUGGAAAAGCUGCGUGCAAUUGGGACACAAAACCAACUUAAAACAAUGUCGCAGCAUCGUCAAGCUGAGCAACAAGUCUGUCAGAGCAAGAUUAUGGAGCAGACAGUCAAAUUAGAGCGGUUGAAGCGCGAAUACCAAUACUUGCAACGUACUGAAACUGAGCAACAAGAAAUUAUAAAUAUUUUUUUAUUAAAUCAAUAAAAAC